AUGGAAGCCAGCUUGACGCACGCCACGAGCCUACAUCCUACGCUUUCCCUCUCCAUCGCACCGUCACUGCUGGCAGCGGCAACUCACUGUCGCCCGAGCGUGCUAGUGCAUCUACCGGCAGGGGUGUUCUUCGACCCUUUUACAGCUAGCCAUGCUCUGGCGCGGAAACAAGACUCGAAGAUCAAUUUUGUCCACCUCGCAAGCAGUGUAGAGUUGGAACAUGCGGUAGGCUCGAGGGAGAGAGAGGUGGAGACGGUGGUUGUGGAGGUCGAUGCGUGGAGAAACGAUGGAGUGAGCGUCGAUAUCCCCCUCCAUACGAGGUACCAAUUUCCAGCAAAAGGCCAAGCACAGCCAGGAUGGACAAGGAUCGCCAGCGAGCUGGUGCCAUUCUCGGCACCGGAAUCAGCAAAAGAGGAGCAAGACUAUGUCGAGGUGCGGAUCCAACAGCCCAAGCUUGUUCUGACUUGCAAGGAUGAGGCUCGCUAUGUAGAGGGAUUCUACGCUACUGGGCUGGACUCGCUCUUCCCCGCUUCGCACAAACAUCUGGCACGACAAAAUACCAAAGUCCUCACACCAUCCCAAUCACCAAAGCAAGCCCUCAAAAUCAACGUUCCGGUUCCAAACGCUGCUCUGCUCGCACCAAUAAAGGCCAUCACCAUGGCAACCGUACUCGCAGCUGCAUUCGUCGUGCUAGCCCAUCUGGCGUUCAACGUCUUGCCGCUCAUCCAGCACGCAGAAUCCUCACUGUAA